AUGGUACAGAGCUGGCAGUCUAUGCUCAACCGCUACAUCCUCGGCCGCAAGUCUAUUCCUACAGACCGUCACCAUCCUUUGCUGACUGCACGUCUGCCAUUUGACUCGAAAUUAGGCCUUGGGCUACCUCACAUUGCGUCCAGGACCCGUGCGCAACGGCUACAGCUCCUUCAACGUGCCAUGUCCCUGGCAACACCUGACCGUCCACGUUGGCAACCACUGAUUUUUCGCCAGUUUGAGAGGUGUAUGGGUCGGCUCCAUCGUGUAUCCAGUCCAUUUGACUUUUUUAUUGUACCACCCCAACUACAAGUCAAAGUAGCUCACGCUGUGGGAACUAAACCCUCUGUUGAUGGAUGUGUGGAGACAGUGGUCGGCUACACUGAUGGCUCGCGCAUUCAGCUGCCCCUGACCCCAGUGACAACUAUGCAGCUUCCAGUGUGGCUUACGGACUACGAGCCCACCAUGUGGAAUAGCAAAUCCGAUAUCGUUGCCGUGCACGGGCGAUGGCCCACCCGUCCGGAGUUCAUGGUUAUGAUGUGUCAGGGCAACCCAGAGGUCCCAGCGGAGCUCGGCAACGACAGACGAAUGCAAUGGGCCCCAGUGUAUCGUUCGGGGAUGAUUUACAACCAUCUCACUUGUGUCUACGCCAGGGUCCAGGGACUCAGUCAGCCCCCCCUGCCCAACCCUGCUAGGCACUCCUUCUACGGCCUGGCUAAGAACAUUCCCUCCCCUUUCGAGCUCUGGCCACGGCGUAUGCACUGCCCGAGCCACCACUGCUUCCCUCAAAACUAUGUCAGGCGUGUCCAACAGACCUGUCAGUUGCCUCCACCGGUGCAUCGGGAUGUGUGGCUAUGCAUCCUGUCCGCGUGCUCCCUGUUAACUGCCGCUUUACCUACCUCCAAGUUGAGCGUCCCGAUGCCAUCUGCUGUGCUUACGGCUGUGGUGGCGUGGAAACGCAACACCACGCCUUUCACGCAUGCCCCCAAAUCCACCCAUCAAUGCGCGCGGUCGCCAUCUCCAGGAUGCCCUCAAGACCCUAUGGAUCCUUCCCAUAGCCUCAACCCUCCACCUCAUAUGGACCAAGCACAACAAGACGCCGACUGCCCUCUCCGUUCAUCCGUCGUCGAACUUCUCCAAAUCCUCCGCGUCCAAGCGCCCUACCAACCGCUGUGGACCAAGUGCCCCUACACUCUGCUCCUUACGCCGACCUCUGCGACCGAUCAGCGCCAUUAG